AUGCCCGGCGCGUUCGACCUCGGGGGCUGGCUCCGCUGCUCCGUCGACGGCCUGGCCGAGCAUGCGGCGGUGGCGGUGGGCCUCGUCAGCCCUGAGGAGGUGGCCCCUGACAACGAGGUCCCCGUCGCAGAGCUCGCCCGCCGCUUCUCGGCGGAGGCCCGGGCGCUGAAGGACGCGGUGCCCGCGGACGUGGGCACCUGGCUGUGCGGCCCCCCGAAGAGCCUAGCUGGGCCGUCCAAGGCGCAGAUCGACGAAACGCUCCAGCGGUGGAUCCGGCGCCUGGCGACGAGCAACUCAGCGCUGGAGGCUUCGGUAUCAAAUCAUGGGAGCCGUGUGCACCCUCGUAACUCCGCCCUGACUGCAUUCAUUGCGUCAGCUAGCGUCUGGUAA